AGUUCGACGGUGGCAGCAGAGCUGUUCACUCCCUCCUCCUUUCCUCAUCUAACGCGCUCGCUCCACUUCUUCUAUCCCUUUCCAAAACGUAAAAAAAAAGAAAACAAAAACAAAGGCUUAUACUCCGUUGGCAUUGAACACACAACAACAGAGGUCAACAACUGCAAAAGAAAAAAAUAAUAAUCUCCUCCCUCUCCCACCUCCAAAACAAUGUCUUCCUCUAGCGUGGCUCGCACUUCCACCGUCCGCGCCGCUGAUGCAGCGGCAGCCGCUCCCCGAUUCUACGACCGCCUCGAUGCGACGAGCAAGGAACGCGUCACACUCCUUCUCAGCAAAGUGCAAGCCCUCCUCCCCAUCGAACAAGACGCCUUCCUUCAAGAGCUGCAGCGUCAGCAGGAGGGUGCACAGGACGCACUCUUCGCUGUCAACAAGAGUCGAGGGAAGCUGGUGCGGUACACCGGCCCGAGACUGGAGGCGGUGCAGGCACGGGAACGCGGCUACGUCAUGCCGCGCGCGUUGCGCUCUGGUAAGGACAGCGACACACGACUGCCGUUGAUUACCGACGGCACUGAUGCACCCAGUGGGUCGAGGACUGCCCUGCCGUGCUCUCUGGAGGAGUUGGCGCGCACGCCUGGCCUGUUCGGCGAGACGGAGGUGACCAUUCACCUGGAAAAGAUGUCUCUCUACGAAAAGUUGCAUCAGAACAUGGCGGAGCCGAAAGGGGCGGAGGGCCCUACCGACGACGUCGCUGCAUCUCCGCCCGCGCAGUCGCAGCUGCACGACCGGAGCGGGGAAAUGGAAAUGGACCUGCGGCGUGCUGCUGCUGCGUCGGAUGCGGAGACGGCUGCGUCUGCUCCGCGGCGCAACGCCCCCUAUCGCAGCAACGCGUAUCAAGCGGUGCGACUGGCGAUGAGUUCGCCAGGUUUCAUCCCUGUACAGAAGCCGCUAUCGCUGGCCACCACGCAGACCGGGUACGACGGGGUGAAGUCGGUGCUCAACACGACCGGGAUGCCCAUCAGCGAGGAUGACUUGCGCGAGUGGUUUGACGAGCUGGAUGAAGAAGGCCGCGGUGAGCUGAGCCUGGACGAGUUUCAGCGUUGCAUGGAGUUGUUGGAGCGCGAUUUCGGCGUGACGGACGAGUACGCGGCGCUGCGGCGUGCGGGCGAGCAUCUCGCCUUUGAUGGGCGACUUAGCUUCGAGGCCUUCGCCUACCUCGUCUUGCGCUUUGCUCGUGUGUAA